AUGCAAAGAGUACUAAGAAUUCCAACUUUGAGAAAUAGUGCAGCUUUGAGAUUGAUGUCCACUUCUGCACACCCACAACCUUCUACAGGUAGAUUUACUGGUAAACCAGAUCCAACUACUGGUAAAUUUAACGUUUCCUUCAUUGAAGGUGAUGGUAUUGGUCCAGAAAUUUCCCAAGCUGUGAAAGAUAUCUUUAAAGCUGCAGAUGUUCCUAUUCAAUGGGAAUUCUGUGAUGUUUCUCCAAUCUUCGUCAAUGGUUUAACUACUAUCCCAGAUAAAGCUGUCCAAUCUAUUAGCAAAAAUUUAGUUGCAUUGAAGGGUCCUUUGGCUACACCAAUUGGUAAAGGUCACAGAUCCCUAAAUUUGACUUUAAGAAAGACUUUCGGUCUUUUCGCUAAUGUUCGUCCAGCAAAAUCUGUUGCUGGUUUCAAAACUACUUACUCUGAUGUCGAUUUGGUUCUUAUUAGAGAAAACACCGAAGGUGAAUAUUCAGGUAUUGAACAUGUAGUGACACCAGGUGUCGUUCAAUCUAUUAAAUUGAUUACAAGGGAUGCAUCUGAAAGAGUCAUUAGAUAUGCAUUUGAAUAUGCCAGAGCUAUCGGCAGACCAAGAGUUAUCGUUGUCCACAAAUCUACCAUUCAAAGAUUGUCCGAUGGUCUAUUCGUUAAUGUUGCCAAGGAAUUAUCUGCAGAAUAUCCAGACAUCAAAUUAGAACUACAAUUAAUAGAUAACAAGGUUUUGAACGUUGUUACCAACCCUGCCUCUUACACUGACGCUGUCUCUGUUUGUCCAAACUUGUACGGUGAUAUCUUAUCUGAUUUGAACUCUGGUUUAAGUGCCGGUUCCUUAGGUCUAACACCAUCUGCUAACAUUGGUAACAAGAUUUCUAUCUUUGAAGCCGUCCACGGUUCUGCUCCAGAUAUCGCUGGUAAGAAUAUGGCCAACCCAACUGCUCUAUUGCUAUCAUCUGUAAUGAUGUUGAAUCACAUGGGUCUAAAUGCUCAUGCCGAUCAGAUCCAAGAUGCCGUUUUAUCUACCAUUGCUUCCAGUCCAGAAAACAGAACUGGUGACCUUGGUGGUUCUGCAACAACUUCUUCCUUCACCGAAGCUGUUAUCAACAAAUUGUAA